UUUUUGGCAUUAGAUAAUAAUAGCGGUCUGUGUAUUUAUUAUAUUAGCUACAUUUAAAAAGUGUGUGCACUUCCACAGUAGUAUUUGGAAUUGAGCAUAAAGCCCUGUUUUUUCCUUUAUUUUUCCCUAUUGUGAACAGCACAGCGUAAGUUACAGUGGUUCCCUCACUUCUCUAAUUAGUUAUGUUCAUGUUUAUUAUUAGCCAGCAUAAGUUGAUGAGCCGUGAGGGAGGUGGCUUCGCGUUUACUGUUGCCACAAGCACAGCUCACAUCUUUUAGUUUUGCGCCUGACGCGCGAUGGAGCGCCCAGCCCGCCUGUCCGAGCGACUUCAGAGAGAACUACUUAAGAGAGCACGCUUCAACUGAGCCGAGACCCAUUCCAGUUGCGCAUUUCAGCUUUAUUCGGUACUAAAGCAGUACUUUAUAAAACACAUGGCAUGGUGACUGAGAGGAACGGAGGCAUUCUCUCGUCAGCGGAGAUUCAGUGUUGAAUGAAACUGUCUGCAAAAUUACCUGUCAAACGCGCAGAUGUGUCGAGUGUCGAGAAAGUAGAGCCGUUGAAUCGACUAUCAACAAACUUCUGCUGCUUUGACUGACAUUGACACGUCAUGGCAUCAGUGUCGUGGAGACACGCGCUUUUCUUCUUGCUCGUUGUGAAUCUGUCUGUGUUGACGACAGCAUGCAGCAGUCACUAUGGAAAUGCCAUUGAGGAGUUCUGCCUGGCCAAGUUCAAGCUGGACAUGGAGGUUCUCGAUCAGCGCCAGUGGUGCAGCUGGGAGGACACAGUUGAGUCCUAUGGAGAACUGACCAACUGCACGUUCCUGGUGGCUCUGAAGAUGAACUGUUUCUGGCCCAACCGAAUGGUGGACGAAUUCUUCAUCCGGGUGCACAGGCACUACUUCCAUGACUGCUCAAUGUCAGGACGGCUGCUUCAUGAUCCACCCAAUCAGAUCUUGGGGCCUUUUAUUGUGGUGCCCAUUCUGGUGACGCUACUCAUGACUGCUCUAGUGGUGUGGAGGAGUAAACGCAGCGAGGGAAUCAUAUAAUCGUCUACGAUAAACUAACCAAGUACCUCCACACUGAACAAUAGAGAAGGAGACAUUUCACAGACUGCAAACACUAAGAAAGACUUGUUUCUCAUCAAGUGGUUGUAUAUCCAAACACUUAUAGUGAACGCUGUCACUGUGUUAUCUGCACACAGAUAACAUACCAUUUAUACAGACAAAAAAACGUUCAACACUAUUUCUUUGAGGUAUAGUUUUCAACUAAAUGUUUUGUCAUGCCGGUAUUCUGUUAGUAAAACAGAUCUCCAGUCUGGAUGCAAGUCAUUAUCAUGAUGACGGAUAAGUUUCACCUUGGAUGGACACACACCAAAGGGAGGACACUGUUAUUCCUAUGAGUCUGACAAACCUUUAUCAUCAUGUGAACAUUGGACAUUGAACAAUCAUUUUGUGUCACCCAUCAACCUCAAUACAUUUCACACUCAUACAUUUGUGCCAAAUGAUGACACUCAUUCAGUAAGUCAUGAUUAGUAUUCUUUUGUUGAUUUAAGAAAGAAGAAUAAGAAAAGAGGGCUACAACCACGAACAUGCCAAUAAUAUUUACAAUAUCAGUGAUCCGAUCCCCAAAAUGAACAUCACCAUCGGAUAUUGUAAGACACUCAAAAAGCUGUAGUAGAUUCAAAUGCUUUGUCCAAAAUCUAAAGUGAAUGUAUCUUUCAUAGACAAGUCAAUCCCACAAUGCAUUGCUACAAAAACAAAUUAUCCAGGAUUUUGGAGAGAUGUGAUAAAUUGAUACUUUUCAGUAUUGAAUGAAAUCAAUAAAAAUCUUAAAUUAAAAUAAAAAAUUGAUUAUUGGACACAAUGUGUGGUGUACAUAGCGCAGACCAACAGCAACAGACACCACUGAUCUGACAAAACCAGCUCGCCGUCUGUCAGUGCAGUGUGAAUUGGGCUUUUUUAGAAAUCAGACCGAAUAGAAUGUCAGUAGGGACAAUGUGAUACCCACGUUACAUUUAACCUUUUAUUUGCUUAAAAGUCAGAAGUGUUCGGUUCAGCGUCAUCACAAAACCCCCAAUUGGGUAACUCUGCCUAAGAGAUUAGAUAUCUACAGUAUUUACUGCAGGCAAUAGACAUCAGGUUCUGGAUCAGAGCUGCAGUUUUUUGUACUGACAGUGGCUAUCAGAUAAUAUUAGAAGCACUGAACCAGAAAGAAUCACUGCAUUUAUUUGGUGUCUCUCAUCUCAUGGGCUCUCGUCAUAAGGUCAUGUCAAGGGAAAAUAUUUUCCUUCUGUAGCGGAGAGCAAGCUACCGGCUAAGAAGCUUGCAGCAUUUGUUUGUGGAAUAAUUUAUGUAUUAGCACUAAAAGGAUGUUUUCAUUCACAUGAUUCUGCUAAUUGCUUUUUUUAAGGCUAUAUAUGUGUAUCCCUGGAGCUCUGUACCCACAGUGAGUGGUUUAAAAGCGUGUUGCGAACUUGACAGUGGCACAGAGACAGUAGACAUUUCUAAUGUCAGCUGAAUUUUAAAGCAUCUGAUUUCUGUUGCAGUUAUAAUAAAGCCAUUUGCCCUCGACUCUUUUAUUCCGUACAUUUCCCCUCAUUAGGGGUUUGCUUUGUAGCACAUCAUGUGCUGUCAGGAGAACAAACGGUAACAAAUGUAGGCAUGUGGUCAUGAGUCACCAGAAGUUUAGCUGUUAAAUUACAGCAGGUCAGAUAGAGCAUGAUCGAUCAUCUAUUUACUACACUAGUUUGAUGUUUAUGCCACAUGAUUUUGAUGUCUGCAUUUUGUUGCAAGAAGGAUGUUCAUGGAUUCAUGUAUUAUGCUCUUUUUACCCUGAGCUUAAUUUUGUAAUGUCAAAGAUAAAUAAGAAAUUCUUGUAAAUAACUGCCUGCAUUACCAAUUCACUGAUGUGCUGCUAUUUUAUAAUGCAAAUUUUAAAGCAUUAUGCUAGUAAACCUAAAUCAGUAACCCACCUAACUCCAUUAAAAAAGAAAAGACACAAAGGAAACAACACAAACGCACUGUGAGUCGUUGUCAUUCUUUUUGUAAUAAAGGUCUCAACAAUACAGGGCAAACUUAUACAUAAAAGUCAGGUUCACACAGCACAACAGUAAAACUUUCUAAAAAUCACUAAACUCCUCUUUCAUUUCAGCUUAGAUUCAACUCAGACAUGACAGUACUUUCAAUAAUCAUAAUUUAUUUCCUCUCCACCUACUACUGUAUGUCUAAA